CAUCCGCCUGCUCCGCUCAAGCUAGCCAAUCGCACGUCUCUCCUCGGUGAGGCUCCACCCCCGGGGCGAGGUCAGUGUACUGCGGGCGCUACGCUGGUGGUGUGUGUACGCCGCGUCUCUGCUGGGAGCAUGGCUGAGGAAGGAAAUAAGGAGUUCACUUCCAAGAUGGAAAACCCAUCAGAUUCAGCAUCAACUGCACCUGAUGCUCCUCAGACCAGUGAGAAUCCACCAUCACCCCCGACUUCACCCGCUCCUAAGACCAGUGAGAAUCCAUCAUCACCUCUGACUUCAACUGAUGCUCCUAAGACCAGUGAGAAUCCACCAUCACCCCCGGCUUCGCCUGAUGCUCCUAAGACCAGUGAGAAUCCACCAUCACCCCCGGCUUCGCCUGAUGCUCCUAAGACCAGUGAGAAUCCAUCAUCACCCUUGACUUCACCUGAUGCUCCUAAGACCAGUGAGAACCCACCGUCACCCCCAACUUCACCUGCUCCUCAGACCAGUGAGAAGAAUCCACCAUCGCCCCCGACUUCGCCUGAUGCUCCUAAGACCAGUGAGAAUCCACCAUCACCCCCGACUUCACCUGCUCCUAAGACCAGUGAGAAUCCACCAUCACCCCAUUCGAACAGUUCAGGAAAACAACCUCUGACUGGAACACCUAAAGAAAGAUUAAAGAAAGCAAGAUCUUCAUCUAAUUCUUUUUGUAGUGUGGUGAAGCGUAUUAAGUUAGAGAAUGAAGAAAAUGAUCAGACCCUGUCAGAACCAGGAGAGUCUUCAAAAGAAGAAAAUUGUUCAAAGGCCCAAGAAAGCUUGAAAAACAAAGACAAUGAGCCUGAAAAAGAGAGCUCAGAGAAUAAAAAUACAUGUGAAUCUAAGUCACCUGAUACUGGGUCAUCUAGUGCCCUCCCAAAAGAGUCUGUGAAGAAGACGACUAAACAACUUUUAAAGGAAGAAAAAGCAAAACUGACUAGGCAGGUUCAAGAGAAGGAAGACCUUCUUCGGAGGUUAAAGUUAGUCAAGAUGUAUAGAAUAAAGAAUGACGUGACUGAGUUAGAGAAUUUAAUAAAGAAGUGGAGAAAAUGUGGCCAGCGGCUGCUGUGUGAGCUGCAGUCGAUCAUGUCCGAGGAUGAGGAUGAGAAGCUUACCCUCACCGAGUUGAUUGACUACUAUGGGAUAGAUGACACCUUGCUGCACUAUAAUAGACGUGAGGAAGAAUUUACAGGGGUUUGAGAUUUUUUUUCAGGCAAUUCCCCCUCUCUUCUUGGGGUUGAUGGGAUCAUAUGUAGGCCCCCCCCAAAAAUGUGCUCUGUUCCUGAGCUGUACACUUGGCCCCUUUACAGAUAACUUUGAGAAGGCAAUGGAAAAGAAAUUUCUUAAAGGGGAAAAAAGAUCUAAGCUGUUGUGGCUUAGAGGGAGGAAUGUUGAACAGUUUGGGAUGUUCUGACACAAUUGUAAGACGAAGCUUAGUAUUUUGGAUAUGUUUGCUAAAGAAAAUAUUUAAGUAUAAAAAAUGAAAAUUGUUUAAAGGGAAGUUUGGGUAAUUCUAGAAACCAGGGUUAAUACGUUGAUUUUGGGGGCAAAAGGUUUUAUAUUCAGUAUUAAAAAGUAGUCUGUUGAAUGUCUAAACCUCAAGUGGCAUAAAUGUAAGCUGCCCCUCCUGAGUUUAUAGACUUGUUCUCGUUUGCUUAACAUACCUGUUUGCUAAUCUAGCAACCAAUUAAAACUUACAUGUCUACAGUUU